GGAAAAAGAAACGACAGAUCAUUAAACGACGAAUGAUACGAGAGACGACCCAAGUCUACAGAGUUUCAAACUCAACGCGGCAUUCGAAAAACGCGCCAACAAAGUUAAAGGUUUGCAUUGCCUUUCACUUGCAGUAAAGGAAAGAGAUCAACAAUGAAUCUUCACAGCAGCGUGAUUCGAAAUACUAUCGGAACUGUGUGUGUUCUCCUAUCGGCUGCGUGGUCUACCGAUGCACAAUCACACCUAAAGCGAAAAGAUCUUUGUCCCACCUACAGUGAAGUUGAUCCCCUCAUAGAAUGCGUGGAGGUCGCAUCUUAUGGUGGCUUGGUGGAAGUGAUCGAAAAUGCUCCUUCCGGUGCCGAGAUUACAUUUUGUCCUUUCUUCAUUCGAAAAACUAUUUCUGUUGAUCCUAUUAUGGUGAAGAAAGGAAUCAAAGUGACUUGUGCAAGGAAAGAAGAGGACCAAUUUUGUACGAUUAUCGGAUAUGGAAACCACCUAGUCAUUGAUACGGCGGAAGACACGCUUUGGCAAGGUUUUAAUUUUAAGGGCUCCAAUGACCACGCGGUCCUUAUUACCGGAGAAGCAGACAACACGGAGCUGGCUACCCAUACAUUUUGCCAAGUUAGCUUUUCGGAAAACGUUCGAGCGAAGUCUACCCGAGGAGGGGCUUUGAUGCUAGAGCGUUCAGCUGGAACCGUGAAUGUAGUAGAAACUUUCUUUGCAGAGAAUUUUUCUAGCACAUACGGUGCCGCAAUCUAUUCGAGAACGAACCAGCUCAAUAUCAUCUAUUCUCUUUUUCUUCAAAAUAAAUCAAAUGGAUACGGUCCCGCGGUUUUUGUCGCCCAAGGUGGUAAUCUAAUGGUGAAAACCACUACUUUUAUCGGGAAUAAAGGUAGAGAUGGUCAUGGUGUACUUUUCAAUCCAGGUGAGCAAUAGGUGAUAUUUGAAGAUGCUGUAUACCUGAAAUUUGUUGGUUAUUUUUUUCUCACUCAAAGAAAUGAAAUUCUUAUGAUAGGUGAGGGAGCGGGUACCUACGAGGAUGGAUUCGAUAAUAGCAUCAACAACGGUGAUUGUCGAGGUGUAUAUGAUUUGACAACCAAAGCAUGUAUUGUCUUUAAUGUGUCUCCACCUACUCGUUAUCCAACACCAAGUCCUACAUUUAAACCUACAAAGCAACCAACUAAACUGCCGACAGCACCACCAACAAUUGCCCCCAAACCCACAAGGCCACCAAUAGUGGCAAUCACAAAAAGUCCUGUGAAAGUAUAUACUGCUGCACCAACGAAGGUAACGGUAACGAAAGCACCAACAACGAAGGCACCCAAUUCAACUCAAAAACCGAUCGUAUCGCCGACAAAUAAGCCCACCAUUGAUAUUACCAAGGGUCCAGUACAAGUUGUCACGGCAGCACCAACAAAUAAGCCAACUUUAACAAAGAAACCUAUUGCAUCUCCGUCAAACAAUCCAAUGAUUGCACCGAUAUCUGCUACAGCGGAGCCGACAGACAAACAAUUGGCUAGUGCUCCUACGAUUACAACCAAGACCCCAACAACUGAACCAACAAAAAAAGUAACGGAAGCGAACAGCUUUGCAAAAGACAUUGCCAAUCUGUGUAUAUUCCGAGCGAUCCCAAAGGACAGAAAAUGCAUCGACGUGGAAACAUAUGAAGAUUUCAAGGUUGCAAUUAAAUCUGCCAUGAAAUCUGAAAGCAAGGAUGUUCAAUUUUGCGGUGGGUUCACACUCGAAAAAUUGGAGGUAGAGCCCGUCGAGGUAGAUCGCAGCAUCGACAUUCGCUGCAUCGCAACGUGCACGUUCUUUGGGGUUGGACCGUUUGCAAAAAUCAGUGGCUUGUCCAAGAUUCGGUUGCAAAAUCUCAAGUUUGUAAAUGCACAGGAAACCUCCGCAGUCGUCGUUUCAACAAUCUCUGUUGCUUCGAAGACAACUUUUUGCGAGACUGAAUUUUCAAAGAAUCUGGUUUCUCCCGAAAACCUUGAUCUUGGAGGUGCUCUCACGGUUGCCGAUAAAAGUGGUAUUGUUAACGUUGUGAACAGUACAUUCAGCGGCAAUAUUGCGGCUCUGGGUGGAGCUAUUCACAGCGAUGGAUUCAAGCUUAAUGUCGUUGGGACAAGUUUUGUGGCGAACAACGCAUAUAAUACUGGAAACGCCAUUUAUGUGGGAGAUGGCAACCACUUGUUCGUGGAAUCUUCUACUUUCAUCCUAAACAUCGAAGCAGCGUCGCGAGAGUUGGGUCGGGGAGGAGAUGGUGGCGCCGAGAGUGUUGCAAUCGCUGUUCAACCGGAUCGAUCAAUUCGAUCUGGCAUCCACAAAGGAAUGAUACAGGACGGUGGAUCGAACCAGAUGAUUUUGAGUGGGAAGUGCAAGGGGUAUUACAUUUUGCAGAAGAAAUUUUGCUACUACUUUAGCAAAUAUUUGUCUUAGGAAGACACAAAAACUUCACAAACCGAUCAAUCAAAGAAUAUGACCAGCGGACUAUUUGUACGUUGCAAAUAGUGGCUGAUGAGUUUAUCGAUCGUCUUUGUGGGGGAGUCUCAGAAAGACUUGAAAACGGAACGUUAACGUGUGCAUGUUAGAAAUGUCGGACAUCCAUAGUAGUGCAAAUCAGCACCAAUACGUCGUAGAUUGACAAGUGGGCGAAGUAAAGUAAAGAGAACAAUGUAUUGUAAUAUUAGAACCAAUCUCUAAAGUCCAGCGAAAAAAGGCCACGCGUUAAAUGGAAUCAAACCAAAUCAAUUCAAAUCGAGCCAAAUCCAUCCAUCGCCGUGGUUCUUUUUUUCGUGAGCUACAUAGGAUCAAAGAAGCCACCCGCAGAUCCACCUCCACUUGGAUCGUACACAUCGUCGUCGUCGUCAUCGGUGAAAAACGAUGGCCCUCGUUCGUUGUAACCCUGCUGUUCAUUAGCGUAGUUGUUGUUGUAAUUGCCACUACCGCCAUUGUUGUAGUAGUUGUUGCCGUUGCCUUUGUUGUUGUUGCGCCUGGUAUCGGCUUCCAUCUUGCUUUCCAGUAUGUCCAGGUCCUGGACCAACAGCUUAGGGUUGGUGCUCAGCAUGUCCGUGUUCUUGUUGCGGUAGAAGUCCGUGUCGAUCGCCCCCACCACACCGAUCCGGCUUCCCUUCUGAACAUUCUUGAGGGUCCACUCGGCCAGGUAGCCCCAGACCUCGAGGUUGAACCACUCGGUUUCCUCUUGGCCGAAGGAGACCCCCUCCUGCUCCCGCUCCCAGGAGGAGUAAUAACGGGGCAGCGCGAGCGACAUGGUCACCACCACGUUUGGUUUGUUGUUGUUGCCGUCCCCGAGCGGAUUGUCAAAGUACCGGGCCUCCGGCGGGCUCCCCACCCUCCCCACAAGGGAGAGGUGGUUGAGGGUGGGGACGGACUCGUCCCAGUCCGUCAUGACACUGUCGUAACUCGCGUCGCAGCCAGGUUUCGACAGGGAGGCGUCUCCCCUCGCCUUUCCCUGGAUGUACAUCUCCUCAAAGUCGUCGAAGGGAAUCUCGUUGAAGGGGUCCUACGAGCAAGAAACGGCAAGCGAGAGA